AUGGUUUUUUGGCGUCAAGUAGGCCAGCAAUUGUGCCGUGUACCAAAAACCGCCAGCGACAUCGGCCUGACUCAAUCGCGGAGAUACAUGACAUUCUCAAGGACGAGGACUAUCGGAACCACAACACAGCUUCGGUCAACUUUGGCCGUACACCGGAGCCUACAAUCAUCAUGGCAAGGAUAUAGCGCAGCCCGGCGCUCUUUCUCUGUGACCGCACAAGCUGCGCAUGGUCAUAUCACGCCGCCAAAGCCCGGUGAAGAGAUCAACAUCACAUUUAUCGACAAGGAUGGCAACAAGGUUGAUCUUCAGGUUGCCGAGGGCGACAACUUGCUAGACAUCGCCCAGGCGAAUGAUCUCGAGAUGGAGGGUGCCUGUGGUGGAUCCUGUGCUUGCUCAACAUGCCAUGUAAUUGUGGAGGACCCGGACAUGUUUGACCGAAUGGAGGAGCCAUCUGACGACGAGAACGACAUGCUGGAUCUGGCAUUCGGCCUGACUGAGACAUCGCGGCUGGGCUGCCAGGUGCUCAUGACCAAGGAUCUGGACGGACUAGUAGUGCGACUGCCGUCCAUGACACGGAACCUACAAGCAAGCGACUUUGAGGCGAAAUAA